GCCACGAUACCAAAAUCUCAACAGUAAGUCUCGUUUAACAUCCUUAUCCUCUCAUCAAUGUUAAUGCUUGCUAGUCCUACUUUCCUCCGCAGUUUGGCAGAAAUUCAUGCUGCUGGUAUACAUCAUCGGGACUUGCGCGCGCCCAACGUUGUCAUUGACAAGGAUGGCAAAGUCUCCCUCAUCGACUUUGAUAUAGCAAGAUUAUACGUGACUGGAAGACAACGCAAGCACGAGAGAAAGAGAAUGUUAAACCUAUUAAAUGGAAAGAGUGUGGACUACGACCGUACAAGUUUCCGUGACGGAAUUCACUGUGAUGACUGUUCUCCUGGAAUUUGUCAUGAAGCAUCGGGAUGGGAUAGCGAGGAAGAGGAAGUGGUGCGAGCUAGGUCUGAACCUCCGCAUAUCAAGAACUAAAAGUCCUUGUACCUACUUAAUUGAUGAAUGUAUCAAUGAACUUAUGAAGUACUGAAAUCUCCC